CAAUAAAGCUUAGUAGUAUUGAUGGCAUUUGUGGCACACUAAUGGUGUGUUAAUGGUGAUUAAUUAGCCAUUAACACGUCCGUUACGCUACGCUCCGUUUAAAAUUUGUCCCGAAUAAUUGGAGAUAAAUGGCCAGUUAACUCCAUAAAAAUGGACUAAUUUUAAACAAUACGUAAAAUUAAUAAAAGAAGAUUGGUUCAGAAAAAUUGCAAAAAUGCAAUCUUUACCAUAUUCUUUUAUUAACAGAGUUCGCAGGCAGCAUGACGGUAGGAUGUCCGACCAGUGCGGAUGUGAAGACACCCGUGUUUGGUCCAAGUGAGGGAAUGAUCGGUAUGGCCGAAGCCAUAUUCGGUCCGAGUGGGGUGACCAUUGCGGCCGUAGCCGCGGUUGGUCCAAUAACCGAGGUGACCGGAGCGGACCCCAUAGUCGCGCUCGAUCCAACGAAGUAUAAUAAUUACUACAAACCUGCAGACUAUUACGAAGAGGCGGCCGCUUAUGAUAGUUAUUAUGAUGACCAAAAUGUGUACUCUUCGGUGGACUGCACACUCUCCCUCGGAACGCCUUCCACGCGUCUCGGCGGUAAUGCGAAUGAAAGGCCGCCACAGGACGCUGCAGAAUCCCGCCGAGUAAAGCCGUCCGGCGGCCGUGGCGGGGCUUCCGGCAGCUCUGAUCCUCUCGCCACACGCCGCUGUGCUAACUGUGACACAACUUCCACUCCCUUAUGGAGGAAUGGACCCAGAGGCCCUAAGUCGCUUUGCAAUGCGUGUGGAAUUCGGUUCAAGAAAGAGGAGAAGAGAGCAGCGGCCGCAGCGGAGGCGGCUAACAAUGGCGGAAGGGAGAGCAUGAGGGAGUCGUGGCCGGGGGCGGCACACCACAGUCAAAUGCCGUACAAUAACUACGCUUCACCUGCAGCAUACGAUGGGUAUGUUUAUGGUGAGGAACAACCUCCUGUGGCUGCUUCUCAGGCCUUCCUCCCGUGUCCCACUACCAUGGCAGUAACUCCCCAUGCAGCAAACCAUGCACGGUUGGGGGGUUCAAGAGAGGUCUCAUUUGCACCUCCUCAUGCUCAACCCAAGGAGAGCCAGGUGGUUACUUUUGCCCCUGGUGACGUAGCUUCAAAAGGUAAAAAUUGGGUCCCCUCACAGAAAUUGGAUGCUCAAAUCACACGGCCACGGGGACCACCCAAUGCACCUAAGCCAUCUUUUGCACAAGCCGUGGUAGGUCCAACGACGCCAGAAAUUGCCACUUUGAGGAAGUUGUUUGCAAUACAAUUUAUUCUUAGGGAGUCUGUUCAGAUUAGUCUUCGUGACCCACGACAUGUUAUGCUCUUAUUCACCCACCCCCAAGACUGUAAUGAUAUAUUUAUGCAAGGGCAGAUUCAGUUUAAUGGGCACUUUCCUAUGAGAUUGUUCAGGUGGUCUCCGGAGUUUAAUGUUAAGACUGAAUCUCCCGGUGCGCUGGUGUGGGUGACGUUUCCCAAUUUGAGGGCAGACCUUUUUAAUGAAAGUGCCAUCCGCCAGCUCUGUAAGCCCAUUAGGAGGGACACGAUAGCGUUUCGUAGGAGUCGUGCUAGGCGCCAAAGGGCGGGGAAAGGUAUUCCUAUUGCUGAUACAGGGAUAGGUAAAGGUGACUCCAAACUUGAGGGGUCACAGCAUGUCUGGAUGGAGAAGACGGCGAAAGGCUUUAAGCCUCUCUCAGCCGUAAAUGUUGGUGAGUUUGAAAAAGGCGAGGGAUCCUCUUCCACUUUGCAGCCUUUUGAGCCCACUUCUUCACAUCCCUCCCCAAACGUUGUUGUAUCUGAUUCUAGUUUGAUUCUUUCUUCUGUUAACGCCACCAUUCCCACACAUGUUGUGGUUGAGCAGUCGGCGUCUUUGACUAUCGAGCCAUCUGUUCCUCCUACCGUAGUUGAGCAAGGCUUUUUUGUUGCUCAUUCUCCCCUCCCUACUUCUUCCCCUUCUCCUAUUGUACAUGUUCCCGAUCCUCCAUCUCUAGAGCUCGAUCUUACCGCGUCUAAUGCUUUUGAUGCUUUGGGGGAGUUACCUGGGGACAGUCAUGAAGUCAUGAUAAAAGCAGGGGGACGGCCAUAUGCACUAGUUAAGUACCGUCCCUUUGAUGAAUGUGUUGAAGAUUGUGAGCUGAUGGAUGCCCCUUUCACUGGAGCUGAUUUCACGUGGUACAAUAAUUAUAUUGAUAGUGGUCCCAUGUAUGUUUUUGGGUCUAAAUUGAAGCGGCUAGCCCAGGCUUUGCGGGGAUGGAACCGGGACACUUUUGGUCAUAUAUUUGACAAGCUCAAGGCGCUAGAGCAAGACGUACCAGACAUCGAGGCAGUACUUGAGACCGCUCCCACGGAUGAGGCAUAUGUGGAGUUCAGGCGUCGCUCAGCGCUUUUGACGCGCCAGUACCGAGUGGAGGAUGAUUAUUGGUGGCAGAAAGCUCAUACGAAGUGGGUCCUUGAUGGGGAGCGUAACUACGGAUAUUUUCAUGUUAUUGUCAAGGAUCGACACAGAAAGCUCUACAUUCAUCGCAUUCAGGGGGUUGGGAAUCCUAUGGUCGCCCAUGCCCAUCUUGAUUUCAUUCCACGACUUGUCACUGAGGAUGACAAUUCAACAUUAUGUUCUGUGCCGGAAUUAGAGGAGAUUAAAGUUGCUGUUUUUUCCGUGGAUUCCCAAAGUGCAGCUGGUUCUGAUGGUGCAACCUUUUUUCCUCGUCCACGCCGCCGAUUGUGUCCUCCUCGUCUGGCCUCCUCGUCUCUGCCGUCGGUGCAAGCUGUCCUCCAUCGUCCACGCUUACGCCGGUGGUCAGGUUUCUGUACAAUGGCGUUGCAAAUGGUAAAUGCAGACCACUUCCAAGCACGGUAUACAUGCUAUUCCGAGCUUCAGAAAUCAGUUGACAUAAUCAAAAAGAAACUCACACCUUCAGACCUGGGUCACUUCAAGAAGGAGUCCCCUUUCGGCCACCUACUUGAGUACCCUCCAUUGCAAUUUUUGGCCCAAAUCAUCCAUCUGUUGCUUGUGCACCUCACAAGAGAACAGGUAGAUGAUGAACUACGCUUUAACAUAGGUGGUUCGAUUUUAAAAUUUGAUUUCGGGGAAUGGUGUCGCAUUAUUGGAAUGCCCUCUACCAAGCUUUAUGGAGAGGAUGGUGGCGAUGAGGAUGAGGAUUCUGCAUCGGGGAGAAUUCGGAAAAAAUUUUUGGACAAUGAUAAGGGGAAAACAACAUUUGCGCAUGUGCGCAAAUGUUUUCAUGCUCUUGAUGAAGAAAAUGGGGGUGAUGAAGUCCUUCAGUUUGCUAAGCUGUUUUUUGCGGAGUCCGUGUUACUAGCUAGAGACAAGGAGACCGGUCUUGAAAUCCUAUGUGCGUCCAAUCCUUGAAAGACUACCUCCCCUUUUUCAAACUGUCAAAACUACCGAGCAACAGAGACGUACCCAGGCAUGGGCAGUGGAGCUCCCCAAGGAUGUGCCCCAGCAGUCUGAUGGAAAUGCGUGUGGCGUUAUGAUACUUGCAUUUGCGGAGUACCUAUUGGUCGGUUUGCCACUACUUCCUGACUGCACGUACGAACAUGUGGACGACUUCCGUAGGCAAUAUGCAGCACGUAUAUAUCGGAAGACAGUGGCCUAAAGAUUGUGGAAUAUAUAUAUAUAUUUUAUUAACGCACAACUAUGACGGCUUAUCUCACCUUGCUAAUAUAUGAAAGGCAUUUUU